GAGGAGAGGGGGCCGAUGACGUGGGCUCCGGGAGCUCCCGGUGUGAGGCGCGCGCCCGCGGGAGGGGCCGGUAGAAAAUGGCGAGUCUGUGCAGAAGGCAGCAAUGUACGAUCGAGAGGCGCGGCUUUCGGCAGGAGCUUGACUCGUGGCGGCAUAAACUCAUUCACUGUGUAGGGUUUGAAAGCAUUUUGGAGGGGCUGUUUGGACCAGGACUCGUAAAAGAUCUUACCCUCUUUCAAGAUUGUGAGCCGGAGGGUGUGUCAGAUUGGUCGUUUAAUGAAAAUUGUCUCUUUUGCUGCUUAAGACGUGAAAAAGUGAAGGAAAAUUUGGUUGGUUUGAACAACCAAGUCUUAUCAGAAGCCGACAGCUUCAAACAAGAGCAGUCCAACAUUAACAAACUUGAGAAGCAAGCAGAGGAUUUCCUCAAUGUUGUCUUCUACAGAAAGGCAGACCUCCCGAGAUUUACAGACCCCCACAUUCCUCUAGUGGCUCGUGAGAUCAUGCAGCGAAUGAUCCGACAGUUCGCUGCCGAAUAUACCUCAAAAACCAGCUCAACUCAGGACGUACCCCAACCCCAGUCCCAGCCCAACGGCACCAAGGACCAAAGCCUGCCGAAAGCGCCCUCGCUGGAGCCGGACGCCUCCGCACCCGGUACCGGCGCCGCUGCCUCCGCACAGAAUCCCGUCCUCAGCAAGCUUCUCAUGGCAGACCAGGACUCCCCGCUGGACCUCACCAUCAAGAAACCAGAGACAGAACCCAGCGAACAAGAUGGAGUCCUUGACCUCUCAACUAAGAAGAACAACAGUCAUGGUAGUGUGUCACUGAAAAGCUCUCAUGGUUUUUCAAUCAUGCCCACAGCUAAGGGGCGUUCCCAGAGAGCUGAUCACAACUAUCGAGAUGUUGAUGAUGAGGAUGGCUUGCCACCGAGAAGCUUGCAUGAUGGGAUAAGGGAGAACUGUAUUGGUUCUGGGCCCCUCAAGCCACCCUUGGCCCGCUCACUCCUCAUAAAAGAGGAACUCCUAAGCCAGAAACAUCGCCUCCUUGGCCAACCUCUUUCUUUGGCUAGCCUAGAGUCCGCUGGUCUCCUCAACAGCCAAGCCCAGUCCCUUCUUUCCCGUGAUGGGACAUGGGGAAAAUCCCAUCUAGAUGGCCUCCUGAAGCUCAAACAAGUUAGCGGCGACCUAAAUGACCUGCCUCUUUUCCAGGAGAACCAAGGCGUAUUCACCAAGGGUACGAAGUCCCACGACACCGGCUCCAUCACAGUAAAGAAAGAACCUGGACACUCCCCUCCAGUGGACUUGAAGAUCCCGCAAGUCAGAGGCAUGGAUCUGUCUUGGGACUCCCAUGGGAAUGCCUCAGAUCUCUACAGUUACAGCUCUAUAGCUUUGGCUAAUGUGCACUCGGAGAACGCACUCAGUAGAAAGCUGAGGGCCAUCUUGCCAAAGCAGAGUCGCAGAGCUGCUCUUGGAGGCCUUCUCGAUGGGGGAGCCGUGGGCGAGUACUGGGGUGCAGACCUCGAACAGCCAACUUUGGGACCUCAGUACCCGACAUCAGAUCCGGAGGCAGACCCAACCGGCUCCAAGCAACCCCGAAAGAAAAGGGGACGGUAUCGGCAGUACAACAGUGAGAUUCUAGAAGAAGCCAUUGCUGUGGUGAUGAAUGGUAAGAUGAGCGUUUCAAAGGCGCAGAACAUCUACGGAAUUCCCCACAGUACCUUGGAGUACAAGGUGAAAGAGAGGAUGGGCACCCUGAAGAACCCACCAAAGAAAAAGCUUAAACUGAUGAUGAGGGCAGAGGGGCAGGACUCUGGGAUCACCGCCGAAACCGAAUCCACGUCGACGCCCGCCACCACACCCAUCGCAACGCCAGUGGAUGUCUUGCAGGGGACAGGAGACAAAGUCGAGUAGAUUACACAGAACACCUCAUAAAACGGAAAACGUUUUAGAUUCUGACAGACACAAAAAAAACUAAAAUGAUUUGGAAUUGAGGAUGGGGCUUUAAUUGUGCCAAUUUAUACUUGCAGUAUCUGGGUGAGCACAACUGCAGGGAUUCAUGGGAGGAUUUAAGCCUGAUAACUGGGGAUAAGAAACAAAUUGGCAGUUAUCACAGUGGUCGCAUUGACACUGCAAGCAUUUGCUGAAGUUUUUUACAACAUAAAGCAACAAAUGCGUACUAAAGCCAUAAGAGAGUAUCGACAGAGAGACAUUUUAUUUAAAAAAAAAAAAAAGCAAGCAGAUUAACCCUUUGUUCGCCCCCUUCAUCUGAACUUUGCGUGCUGCGCCAUUAGUGCUCAUGCGUUUUGGACGGCAUGCCAUUUUGAGAAACGAGAAGCGGGGUUUCAAGGGUUACGUGCAAGGCUGGAAAUUGACCCUUCAAAAAUGAAUUUAUCUCCUCUGAUUGGUAGGUUUAUGAAAUAAUUCAUUAUCUUUAAAACUAAUUUAUUUCAAAUGGAGUUGGAUUCUCACCAGGGAUCGAUCCUAGGCCCGUUUUUCUAUUAACAGGUAAAAACAAUUGCUUUCAACUCUUUGUAGUUUCCUCCUUUUAUAUUCUGCACCAUUGAAACAGACUAAGAAUUAGACACGUCCAUUUAAAAAAAAAAUGAAGCUUAAGAUUAGUCAUUCAGGGAUGCAUGUUUGUGAUGUUGAAAAGAUUUUUUUUUUUUUUUUUUUUUUUUUUUUACUUUACUGUAACUAAACUUUUCUUUAACUCUAGCGCUUUCUUUUGCACUACACUUUCAGUCUGGCGCUCGCCAGAGCCUAAAUCUGGCAAUUAGACCUGAUUACCUCGACACUGCUUGCAUUACGCACUUACUGUUCUGUCUGGCAUACCGCAUAAUGCUCAUUUUACAGUACUCUACUCUUGGCGAUAGCCUCUCUCUUAAAAGGAUUUCGACUCCCAUGAAGGGACAAUGCCGACUUAAGCCACACAGGACAGGAACGUGUUUCCGAUUCACAUCUUUCUACUAAAAUUAAUCGAGGGAGGGUGCACGCAGUCAACUUUUUGGCUGAUUCUGGCUGCUCCCUCGUCGCUGCUUAUAGUCAGUCGCUGACGUGUAUAUUUAUAAAAAAAAAAAGAACAUUUUUCGCAGAGGGUUGGUUUUAGGGAACAUAGGUGGGGGGAAAUGUAGGUAGGGUUAUGACCAUAUAACCCUGUUAUAUUAUAAAUUAGCGUUCGUUCAGAGAGCCAAUUCUUGUCUCUGAAUAGUUUCAUUUCCUCAUGUAAAACUCAGGGCAACUGAGACAAAUAUAGCGAUCGUGUUUUUAGAGAAACAAUGCAUCUUACCUACUUGAACUGGAACCUGUGACACAAUUCUCAGUCAAUGAAUUGGGUCAGGGGCAGGGCUUUAUACCGGGCGUAGAUUGGGUCGAGCUGAGCCAUGGAUUGCUGAUAUUGGUAGGAUGUUAUCAUUCGAAACACCUGGCCAGUUGGGACUUUUCUGAGAUCUCUCUGAAAAUAGCACUUUGUUUAAAAAUAAAAGCGAAUAUGUUUGGGUGUGUUUUAAAGUAGCUUUUGCAGUAGCAGAUAGCAUAAAGGAGACUUGCAAGAUCAAACGGGGGGGCAUUUCAACGACCCCCCCGGCGUCCUGCAGCUUAGACCCAAACAUGCUCAUUUUGUUUUGAAAAAAAAAUUACCUCUUCAAUAUACAGUGGUCGACAGCUUGAAUUCUCAGAUUUGUCUAGUGUUGCCUCACUGUUUAUUGUCACAUUGCCCCUUUUUCAAAUAAAAACUGUGUCGUCUGAUGUAUAUAAAACCGAGAAAGCGCAUAGAUCUGUGAAGAUUUCAAAGAGAAGGCUUUUGGAAUGGCAUGCUCCACUUUGAUGUUGUUUUGAAGGGCAUUCUGGUAUAUAUCACUGCCUGGUGCUCACCCAGUCUGUGACAAAAAAUUAUACUUCAAACUUCAGGGUUUCUGAUGAUGAAACUGACUCUUUGAAAUGUACCUUUUAUUUAUUUCAUUAUUUAAUUUGAAUCAUUUAAGUAAAUGGCAUGCACCAGUUCAGUGGAGGCUGAUUAACGAUUUAUAAUCUGCACUUGGUGGCGGGGUUGCCAUCGAAAGUCGGGAACGCUGUCCUGGGCUACAAUUCUGUACCUAGUGAAUUUCCCACAUUAUAUUAGGCUUGUAUAAAUUGUAUAUAUUUCCUACAGUGCUGUACUUGCAAGUACGGUUGUCAUUUUAAUUAAUAUCUCACUAAGCAAAAAAUGAUUUUGGUGUUGCUAUCUUUGUUUAAUGAAGUUACAUCGCAUUUAUAGCCAUGUUCGGAGACACUACUGAAAUGAACAGAGCUCUGAUUAUUUUAAAUCAACACAACAUACAAAAGUAAACCACUGAUUUAUAAAUUAUAAAUUAUGAUCACGUGCUAAUGCACUUCUAUAUAAAACAAGUUGAAGGAAAUAAUUUUAUGCAUAAAUAAUUCGAAUCAUAUUCAUACUUAUAAGCCGUACUAUGUAAAAUCCCUUUAGGUCAUCUGGCAUCAAAUGCAACAACACUUUACCAAUGCUGAGCGUUUGAAGUGUCUAAUUAGAAAUUAGUUAGGUCCUUAAUCAAUCAAUCAAUCAAUUAGAUUUAUUUAUUGAUCAAUGUGAUGUAAAAUACUACUCUGCUGUGCUCGACAUCUCUUUAUUAGAAUAUUUGAAACCCUCGAAUGACGUUUUUCUUACCCUUAUUUAUUACAUAUUACAUAUUGUCGAAUUCUCCAAUAGUAUUACUUAAAUUUUUUUUUACUGGAAAACAAUAUUAGUGCAACUAGUAUCAAAUUAGUAUUAGAUCAGCAGCUACAACUAGAUUGUCAGUACCACUAGUACAAACAGAUUCUAUUAAAAUUCAAUAUUUGCCCCCAUAAUUGGCACUUAUAAAUUAUUGCACUGAUGGCUAUGACUGGAAACUGAAAGUUUCAAACGAUCAGCUCUCUAUUGCUAGUCUAGAAAGUUUUGAACUUUCACAUCGCUACUGUACAUUCUUCAAUCCUUAUUUAUCAUCAGCUGUCUGAUUCACUAUGGUGCAUGCCAUUUCGACAUAUUUAUUUAAUUUGACUUUAACGAUUAAUGUAUUACAGGGUUAACGGCUCCCCCUGUCCAAAAACAUACUCCUCUUGAAGAAAUUCUACCGUCUUCACUCAAAUGAAUGUAAAACCAUUUAAACUAGUUGUUUAGAAAACAUGGCACUUUCACAUUUCAUACUUUGAACAGACUGUUUUAGUUUUAUCUCUUGCUGCUCGUGUUUCAAAUUUAAUUUCAUUUAUUUAACUUUUUUUUUUCGCGUUUCUCUGAAACGUACACCUGUAGCCUUCAGUACUUUCGUAUCUCAGGAUAGAUUCUGCAGAAGGGUUCGCAAUAUUUGUCAGUCGGAUAACGAUGUAGACAUAACUACCUGUACAAGAUGUGCACAGACAUGUUAUAUUAACUACAGUCUUUGCACGAUAUACCUCAUCCUCGGGAAUAAACGCGCCUUUCUGUGCCACAUCCUUAAAUACCAUUCAGGGGCACGUGGAAAAGGAGCAGUUGAAACUCUGGGAAAUUAGUUUUAUUUUCCUAUUUCGCCCUCUUUUUUUGUCUUCUACGAGAGGGAUGGCUAGCGAGGCAUUUCAUGUGUCUGACUGACCAAUAUUUACGCCCCUUUUCAUUCAGGUACAGAAAAUCGGAACUUUUUGAAUACAAUCAAAAGUUUCGCUUAACAUUCGCAUCUUGCCAAUAACGGGUCCCAUCUUUUAAGUUAAGUCGAUCGCCAAACAUCAAAAAGGACACUGUAGUUAAGGCGCUAUACCUUUGUCCUGUACUCUGAAAUGCGAUUCGACCGUCGUAGGUGUUUUGGUUAAAAACACAAAUGGAGGUUUUGAAGGGGAGAAUAUGGGACAGGUGGAAAUGUUAACCUUCUGUUGUUUUUGUGCUCUCUGUAAACUUGUUUUUAAACUGCAUUCCAAAAAUUUCAAGAGAUACCUUUAUAUGGAAGAAAAAAAAUCUAUACAUAUACAAAUGAAUAUAUAUUAUAUUUAUUUUACUGUUUUAUCUUUUUAUUUUGUCUUUUUUCUGGUUGAAAUUGAAAUGCUACACUAAGAAACGAUGGGAAACGAUUCUGACAGCCACAACCUCAGUUUCUGUACCAUAUGAAGUGCCAUUUGCUUUGUCUCAAGUGGCUCGUAAUGAUUUCUUCUCUGAAAAGAUGCUCAGAUAGCCUUUUUUUUUCUUCUUCUUUUUCUUCUUCUUUUUUUUUUUUGACCUCCACUGCAUAUCCACAUAACAGCAUUACCUCAGGUGAGAUCUCUCCAGAGCAGUUGAUUCUACAUUUAGUUGUAGAAAUCAGGACCUGUACUUGACUUUUACACGUUUCCAAAAAAACCGCAACUAUUUCCUUUCAAGGAAGCAGUUUAUGAAUAACGCUAGUCUCCGGUGCGUUUUAAAAUGUUAAUGCUUUGCUUAAUUGAACCACGGGUCUCUUUUUGAAUGCAACUUCAUCGACGUUAGCACACAAACAAGUUGUACGCCACAAUUAAUACACACUCCAUAAACACCAUCAGGUCUACAAUCAUGUGGAUGGUUAUACAGUUUUAGGUUAUUGGUUUGAUAACGCUUAACUAGUCGGUUAUGACAUAAGGAAGAAACAGAAAAGGCAUUCCAAGUUCUGAUUAAAUGUCUCUUUUCGACUGCCAUUUAAAUAUAUAUUAGAGAUGCGUUUUUUUUUUGAGAUUUAAAUUUAUUUAUUUAUAUGUUUUUCAAACCACAAGCCAAAAUUAUCUUGUCAUGUUGCAGUUCUUUUUAGGUUCUUUCUUAACUUUGUUUCUGGUGAGAUAAAAAUGAAUAGGCACACCUUUACUAUAACAGAAAACAUCUUGAAAAUUGGGAGAAACAAAUUGUCGGCAAACGCUGCAGUCCGAUUUAAUUAUAGAUAUCCACCGUACUGUCAAUCUAUGCACUUGAGAAGGAUAAAGUUACUUGCACCAUAACUGUUUCUGUGUUUGUGAAAGUACGUCGUUUUAGGGGCCGUCGUUUUCAUUUGAUGGCACCAUAUUAAGUCGAAUACUUUAUUAGGUUUAGGUUUCCGUUAUUUGGAGCGGCAUAGCUUAAAAUAGCUGUUGUCAAGGUACAACUUGCGGCACGCGUCAUGGUAAUAGACAUGUUUUGAGUGUAACCGUCUAGAGAAACAUAUCUCAGAGAAAACUGAUGGAAUAUGCACAGACAGUUUUGCUUAGAAUAGAAAACGCAGAUAUUUGCGCUCAUACUUUAUGCGUUUCGUUGCAAUUUUGGUGUCAUCCGGAGUGCCUGUUUUGCAGUGUUCAAUCGUCACCGACAGCUCGAUAAUUGCAUUCAAUCAUCAUUACAUGAUUAACUGUUGUUUACUAUUUAGUAUAAAUGAUGAGCCGAUGAUACCUACAUGUAAUUGGUAACAACAAUCGAAAAUCAUUAACCAAGGCGACUUACAAUCUAUAUGUUAUUUUUCUUAAAUACAAUUGAAUCAGUGUCGUCUAAAUUGCUUUAAUGCAAUUAAAUAAAAAUAAAUGCAUAUAUAUAGGUGAAGUGUGUAAUUUUAGUGCCACUAUUGGAAUUAAGCCAAUGUCGCGUUUCCCAAAAGUAUCUUUAGCCAACUAAGGUCAAAAAUUUAAAUGUAAAAAAUGUGUAACGUCCAGUCUCCUUAUAAAUCCAUGAUAAAAUAGGGGUAAAAAGAUUGACUGAAUCAAUUUAACUGAAACUUUUUAAAUAUGACUAAACAUAAAAUUGUGCACAUGUUUAACCUGAACAAGACUUCCUUCCAUGUUCAGGAAAAAAGUGGAUAUUUGAACUGAAUGGAUAAUAUAGCUAGUAGUGCAUGCAAGCUUGCUUUUUGUGCCCAAAUGUGGACACAUGCAUAUGUCAUAUAUGGCUUACCAACAAGAAACAAUGCAUCUAACCAUAGAUCGAGAGCUGUAGUCCCAACCAUGUAGGUUUGCGGUGCUGUUUGCGAAUUUUCGGGAAACAAUAAAUUAUGCGACCAUAGGGGGCUAACGACGCUGUAAAGAACUGCACCAAUGAUCAACAUUUUUAAAACGUGCCAGUGUUUAGACUUUUCAGGGGAAUCAACCAACACGUUAUUUUCAAGUCAAAAAAAAUGACACACUUCAUCAUUAAAAUGAGAUGUCCCUGCAAAGGCCUCAGUGAAACUGUGAAUUAUAUGGAACGGAGCCAUGAAAAGUCAACAACAGACCGUUGCCUCUACUGUCUCUGGAAUGAAAGAUUAAUAUGUAUGGCAAUGAUGACUUAGUCAUUCUUGAGGGACUCAGUGCUAGCUCAGCGAGAGGUCAAAUAGAGCAGCGAAAACGUGAAUAAAAGCAAACAGAAGAAAUUUAGCUUGAUCAAAUGGCCAACGUUUCUCUAGAGAAGAUUUUUCGGCCAUGAAAGUGCUGUCCUCGUGCUGCCAUGACAAUCUUGCAAAAUCACUCGCAAGUAAAGGUGUGCCUAUUCUAAUUAGUCUCUCAUUUAAGCAAAACCCACGUUCUUUUCUGUUAUGUUAUUUAAUACCAAGAUUUUUUUGUAUUCAAUAUGCGAACUACCAGUUUUCUUAUUUUCCGAGACACAAAUAGAGAGAACUUUAGAUGUGUUGGGAGUUACUCAGUUUCCUUCUUUCUGCAGUUUGUCCUUCUGCUAUGUUGGCAUUGCAUGGAGUUUCAUGCCUGAAAAUCUGCUCUUGACCAUUAACUUCAUCCAUGACUGUUUCAACCCUGCAGUCCAUUGAGUUCUGCGGGAUUAGGAUUAUUAGUUUUGCUACCUCAAUUUGCAGAUGGUUUUGACAUAGAGCCCUUUGGUAGUAAAGCAAAAAUGACUUGUAUCUUGAGGGACCGACUGUCCCUACAAGCUGUUGUCGAUCAGGUUGUUUAAACGUGUUGGUGGUUUGAUCGGCUUACGUGCUGUACUGUAUGUAGCAUUUCAGAUGCACGGAUAACACUGGCUCAAGGUCCUUUUUUGUCGGAAAGCAGUUAUACAUUCCGCAUUCACAUAUGUGUAUCUAAUAAAACAUGUUUUUGAUAGAGGUAAUGAUUUUUUUUGGACCAAAAGGUCCCAAGUUAUGCAUCUCGACUGCUUCUAAGACCAGUGUUUGGGAAGAAUCAGGUUGACCGAUCACCUCUAAAGUUGGAAACGCGUCGUUAUGUGUGUUUCCUCAAGAACCUAGUAUAGUCACACCAUACCAUAUGAGUUUGUGCCCUUGAAAAUCAAGCCAAAUGCAGUCUGUGGGCAGUAUCUUUGUUUGCGAGAAAUGCGAUUGGUCGCAUUUGCAUACGUCAAAGGCACGCGUCUUCUCUCUCGAUGGGAUGCUGUGCUUACACUUUUUGUGGGUUUUUCCGUGUACGGAGUCGAAGCUUUAUGGAGCAAAAAUGCCUUUUGCUAGCUGUUCGGCUGUGUUCAUAUUUCCAAGUACUUUCUAAAGUUUCGUAAGAGUUCUCAGAGUAGAGUCUUAACGUUGUAAAGGUUCAGCGUUCAGUGUAGUAUGAUGAUCGGAUCCGUUCUCCCGUACCCCCUCAGGUUAAUGCAUGAGAGUGGAAUGAUUAGGCUCGGCUAAAGAUUGAUACCUUUUCUAUAUUUCUUAAUGCUAUUGAUAUUGUGAUUACUUUUAUCAAAAACGCUUGCCUUUAGGUUCCAUUUUUUUACUGUUCAUGAUCCAGAACCCUAACAGUAACCUGGGUUUGAAAAUGUUUUUGGUGAUUUUAUUUCGCAGUAUUAAACUAUAAACGGGAAAAUGAGUCUAGCAAGGCAAUACUCGUGAUUUAAGUCCCCUUUGACUUGAGAAAAGUGAGUUUGUUGUCGCAGGCCCAAGAAAGCACGUCGCCCAACAGCCGGACAACUCAACUCGACGUCCUUAUCAGACCGCCUUUUGCAUUUAAAAAUAUUCAGCCAAAUAUCCUUAGUUCAGUGCUUUAUAAACGGCGAGGAUUGUAAAGUACGAAUUACCUGGGGAAACAAAAAAAUGGACACUCUAACUUUAGACUUUUCAUUCGGUCCCUUGAGACCCACAAGGCCACAAAGACUAUUUAUUUUGUUUCUGAUGUCUGUACAAUGUGUGAUGUUUCAAGUUAAAGAAAAAAACCUUACAACACAGAAUACCUCAGAUAAUAAAUCCAUGUAAAUCUUGACAGCCUCCACGUGUAGAUAGAACCUUGUUCACUGCCUCUUCAUCUCUCGCAUCUCUUCUUCUAUCAUUUCACUUCCCCCUUAUAUGUUGUGGAGGUUUCAUUACUUUCCUUUCAUGUUUGUUUUUUAGUCCCAGGAACAAACGAUCCAUUAUUUCAUUCAUCGUUCACUUGCGUGCUUGACAAGGUUAGGCGGCAUUCACACUGACGGCACUUUGCAAGUCGUUCGACGCGAUUUGAGGCGACUUGAGCGUCAGAGUGUCGAUGAUGUGGCGGAGUUAAGCUACUCAGUUUUAUGCAAAUGUGUAGUGAUGAGGUGACGACCAUUGGCCGGCCGAGACUGUGUUUCGUCACCUGAUUCGUUUGGAUACCACGGUUGAGUUGGAACGUCUUCGCGGCAACUAACAGUACAGCGACCUCGUGACCUCCGGCGGUUUUCUUUUUGGGGGGGUGACAGUGUGAAUGCCGUUUUAGCGAGGGAAGACAUUGCCCCAGUAGAAGAUGCCAAUUUUUACAGUCCAUUUCGAAGUAGUGAUCAGACCAAGUACCGUGUUUCUAAUUGCAGAUUUCAGUCUGUUACCGUGAAUAAAAACUUUCGAGGGUUUUGCGUUGAGCCACAGCUUAAAGCGAAAAGGUGGGCUUUGUCUGUUUUAGAGGUAGUCUGUUAAGCAUGAGCCAUAGUUUACGCAUUCAUCAAACAUAAUUUCAUCACUCAUUUUCAUUAUCAGCUAAACUGAAUGUAGGGGGAAAAAGAAUAAAAAAUUGAAACUCUUAACACACAAACUAACUUUUUAUGUAACUAUACAUACUUUAGGACAAGCUAUAGAUUAUUAUAUUAAUGUGUUCUUAAAUAUAUAUACACUCAACAGUCACAGUGCAUUGUAUAUAUAAUGUUCUGUAUAGUUAUAUACUUAUCUUCUGGAACGAGAUGUUCAUCUCUUCCUCAUUUGAUUCAGGGAACAAACAUUUCAGUGCAGUAUAUUUAGACUCCUGUAUACCGUAUUUGUAUAGUUCGUUUUCAUCUUCUCACAAGUUUCUUUUAUCGUCCACAUACUGGAAUGGUAGUUAGUCUUGAAGUGAGCUAAACAAAGAGUAAAUUAAGUUAUUGUAAGGCAUCUAACGCUGCAGUGGUGCAGACAGCUGUUUUUUCCACAAUACUGUACAAACAAAAAUAUAUAUUAAGAGGAAGCGCAAACUUUUUAAGGUGGAUGUGUAUAUAGUCUCGUACCCAUUCCGUGAAUUUUUUUUUUUUUUUUUUUUUUUACUGUUUUGGUUUAAUAACAGCAUUUUAAGUGAUUCGAAAAUAUUCAUUGCGACAUCGGUUUGUGACGUAAAUUAAUUUUCCCUGUGAAAAAAGGUUAUCAGCCAGGUAUUGCUCGUUAUUUUCGCUUGCUAAAUGUACAUGAAAUUUAAGUUCAGAAGUCGGAUGGUUAAAUUUUUUCGUGAACACUGGAUCUCUAUCGGACGAUGUCUUCGAAUCAUCCUUAUUCAUUACGAUGAAGAAACGCGCCCUGGGUGUGCUUUGCUGCAACUGCUUUUUCUUAACGAUAAUGAUGUUUAUUACUAUUAUAAUUUCUUGUGUGAAGUGAAACGUCUCCGUGGCUGUGAGCUGGUUGUGUAUGAGUGUGUGGAACUGCUUGAGGUUUUUCAUUUUUAUUGCUUUUUGCUCAUGCAUUUUGUGGAUAAACCAUUUUAUGAUACACUGAAUCAUGCGAUUUCUGAUAAGACAAGCCUCUUGAGUAGUGGUUUUCUUGAUCAUCUGUGAAAAGAAAGGAAAAAAACGAUCCUUAAACCAUUUCUCUAUUUAUCUUAAAUCCUAUUAUUAAGCCACAACUACGAAUCCCUCAGGGACAAAUGACACUGACUCAAAUCUAUUCAGGUACUUUCUCUAGAUUCUGCGGCCUAGCUGUUAAAAAUACGACAAAAAAACAUACAUAUUUUUUGAAAAAUUGAGCAAAAGAAAACGGUCGCUCGUGACGAGAGUCAUUUUUAACCUGUUGUCGCUUGAUUUCUUUUCCUCUGUCCUUUUUAGUUUUUGUAUUCUUUGUAUCCAGACUUAAGUACAAUAUACGAAAUGAAUGUCAAGCUGAAACUUCAGGUGAAGAGCAACACUCAGCCAGACAGUGCUUUUCAUUACAAUUUCUUCUGCACACACUGUGCCUCAAAUGCCUGAAGACAAUAGAACACUAUAGCGACAAACGCCACAUCAGAGCCCACAAUGAUAGUGGUUGACCGGUCUCAGCACUCCUAUACAGACGUACCUCUGCAUCGCAAGGCCUGAUCUUUCACAUUUGCAGUCAGUAAUUGGUAGUUUCGGUCUCCGCUUUUAGCAUGUAAGUAUUUCAGCGAAAAAAACGCCUGAAGAAACUGCCUCUCAAUAUGCGAAUGGCUUCACGUCGCGGGUCUGAUUCGCCGGUUUUAGUUUGUGCUCGUGCUUGCUUUUUUUCGGUUCUCGAGCUUUUAGGUGCCUACUCUUAUUGUCAAAAAAGCUCAGCUACUUAACGAAGGACUUUUGAACUGGCCGUGUAAUGCUAAUUUUCGUCUGUAAUUACUAUCAGAAAGGCAGAAACCGUGCACAUUAGAGGUUGCGCGAAACAAGGGCGACCUUUACUCCUCAAUUAGUCUUCGUUAUUUUCUCUCAGAUUUGCGGUUCUUGAAACAUUCCCGUUGUUGUUCUUGUCGUCGUGGGUUACGGUUUGUUGUUUUCCACACGGGCUUGGAUUGAAAAGUUCAGGCUUGAUUUAAGGCAAAAAAAUAUGAAAUACUUACAUGUUAACUCUUUUAAUACGAGACGGAACGGGUUUUAAAACACGGAGGUUUGCCAGUGUGGGAUAAGGUGCUGCUUUUUCCGAAUCUUCUCUGUUUUCGAUAUACCUCAGACCAUCUAGAUCGAAACGAGUGCUUUUUAAGAAAUGGCAUUCAGACCUGUAACACACUGGUUCCUUCGAGUCAGUCCAAUUGUUGGAAGACAGGCGCUCCAAAACUGGAAUAGACCUCAUUUCAAUAUAUACUGUUUACUCUUUGACAAAAACAUUGUAUAGUUUAAUAUUUUCUUGUACUGUAGAUUUAUUUAUGUAUAUUAAUUUGUUCUUUUUUUUGUACUGUGUGUUUGACUUUUAUUCUAGACUAUUAUCGAUGUCCGUGUUAGAGCACUUACGAGGAUCACAAUUUUUAUUUUAUUUUAUUUUUUUCGUUUGAUUGCACUACUUGUUUUGGGUUUGUUCGUUUUGUUUUCCGUUUGAAUGCAGAUUCUUAUUUUUGAGCUGGGCUAAUGAAUAAUAAGCUGUCUCCUAAUGUAUGUGAUUUUUAAGAAAAAAAAAUUGAAAAGGAAAAAACUGAUUAGAUUUUCUGUGGUCUAAUUUAAAAACAAACAAAAAAAAAAAGUUUUCUCUUUCUUUUUAUUUGCAUUGACCGUUAAGCAAAAUGCUGAUUAGAUCCGUCUUUGUGCAUGUGUGGAGUUCUACUGGUUAUAUUUUACCCAUUAGGAAAAAAAUGCCAUUUUUCAACACAUUUUAAUUGUAACAUUGUGCAAGUUAGUAUUCACUGGAUGCUAGAACCUUCUUAUGAAAACCACUAUUCUUCUAAUAAAUUUUUGUUGUGAAAA